AUGACGCAACAAUAUUAUGGUGACGCGCAGUGCAUAUCUAAUUUUGAGUUCACUUGAUGCAUUGUGAUUUAAUACAUAAUCUUGGAACGUUAAAUUAGGAUUAAGUUGUGACUGUUGAAGUUUCUAAGUCUUGACAAAAUUUAAAUACGGAAAAUAUUGGGCUAUUGGUUUUAUUGAACACACACACACCUGAUGUCUCAUUACUAGUACUAUCCAGGCUAUGAGUAAGGCUAUGAGUACAAUUUCUAUCAUGUGAUUACAAUACAGGUUACGACUAUCCUGAGUUACUUGAUCUUCUGUUUCUGGUAAAAGCUAGCACACGCGAUUUUACUGAUACUGUUAACCUCAGUAUAUAUACAUGAUAUAAUACGAAUCUUCUUUUAAAAGACAAAAGAUUGAGAACUGUUUCCAUAAUAUUAUUUUAAUUUAAAUACUAAUAUUUUUUUUUAAUCAACAUGAAAAGCACUUUGGAAAAAUAUACAAACUUGCAUGUGUGCGUAUACGUAAUUGGAUUUCUGGAUUUGACAGCUGUCAGUAUGAUAUUCCCAUUGCUUCUGACUUAUGCUCGGAACAUGGGAGCAACGCAUUUCCUUGGUGGGAUCAUUGGGUCAGUGUAUGGUGGACUUCAAUUGUUUUCCAGCCCCCUGGUGGGCAGCUGGAGUGAUGUCAGAGGGAGAAAGUUUGUUCUUCAGAUCUGCUUUCUUGUCAGUGGGACCAGUUAUGCUUUACUCGGUGUAGCUCCUGAUCUAGGUUUUGUUAUUUUGGCUCGAGUCAUGGCAGGAUUAUUCAAGCACACUCAAACAUUAUGUAGAGCCUAUCUUGCUGAUGUCUCUCUUCCUGAUACAGAAUCUGGUGUGUUUGGUCGUUUCAAUGCCAUGUCUAGCCUUGGCUUUAUUGUAGGUCCAACUAUAGGAGGUCAUUUAGCUGAAACUCCUCAUGGAUUUUUCUGGGUAUGCACAAUUGGAGCAUCUGUCUUUUUAUUAUGUGGUGGACUAGUUUGGCUUUUAAUGCCUGAUGUAAAGCCUAUCAAAACCAACAAAGCCCAAGAAAAUGCAGGAGUUGCACAGAUCAUCCAUUUUAUUAAGCAAAUUAAGUGGUCGAGCCACUGGGACCACUUCUUGGUACGCUUUUUCCUAAGUUUUGCUACACUCAUUUACCGUAGCAAUUUUGCCUUGUUACUCGACUAUAUGUUUAACUUUAGUGCCAAAACUGUGGGUUAUAUUAUUUCUUUCCAAGGAAUUGUAAGUGCAGUUUCUGGCUUCCUUGUAGGUACUUUGGCACACUGGUACAAGGAUCACACAAAACUCCUUCUGUUUGUAGCAGUCACACAAACAUUGUCUCUUGUUGGGCUGACCUAUGCCCCAACUACAUUGAUACUUAUGUGCUGCUUAGUACCAUUAUGCAUCAGUAAUGCUGUUGGUCGAGUUUCCAUUACAAAGAUCACUGUCGACAGGUGCCAUAAAGAUGAAAUUGGGGCAGUUGUAGGACUUGGACAAAGUAUCACAUCCUUGGCUCGUAUGCUCUCUCCCCUUGUUGCAGGAGUUGCCCAAAGCAUCUCCAUCCAUGGUCCAGGAGUCAGUGGAGCAGGAAGUGCUGCUGUCGGAGCCGUUAUCCUUUCCCUCAUGAGCAAGAAACCGACAAUUGCAAUUCUGAAGGAAGACUAAUAAUACAUACAAUGUAAACAAUAAAAUUUGCUUUUUUCACUUACAUAUUUCCUUGUAAAUACUAAGUCUUCCAUGCCAUAUUUUAUAGAUAUUGCUGGAAUUAAAUGUUAUUGCAUACA